AGUCUCGAUGAAGAAAAUAACAUCAAAUUCCGACGACACAAUCCCUUUUGACACUCAAGUAGAGAUCCUGAAAAAACUUCCGGUGAAGCCCCUGAUCAAAUUCCGAUCAGUCUCAAAAGAAUACAAGUCUUUGAUCGACAGCCGGAUUUUCAUUGCCGAAUACGGGUCCCGCGAGACUCACCCGAAUCGUCUGCUUGUAAGGUACACACAACAUAAGACUCCUAACGUUGAGAACUAUGUUUGUUUUUUAGACAAUGAUGACAGUAAUUUCACCCAACAAGAAUUUGCCCCUCGUAUUCCUAAUGCACUCACUAAGCUGCUUAACCGGCUACGAAUAGUGGGCACCUCUCACGGCUUGUUGUGCUUUUACGGUUUUAAUUAUUCUUCUAAUGAAAACAAUAUGAUUAUUCUAUGGAACCCUUCAAUCAGAACAUCGUUUGGUAUUACUUUGCCUGGUGAGUUAGGUUGGUCUUGUAAGGAUAAUGUAAUCGGUUUUGGGGUUUGUCCUGUCACUAGUGACCCUAUUGUGGUCAAGAGUAGAAAUCUUGAUGGAUGGGAAGUUGAGAUUUUUACAUUGAGCACCGGAAUUUGGAAGAGGGUUCCGUCCACAAAUAUUCCAUCCCGUGAAUCGGCUGAACUGACAUGGCAUCAAAUUGUUAUCAACAAGUUAAUUUAUUUUCUUGCUUAUGAUAAGACAGUUGCCGUGGAACCAGAAAGUGAUAAAACACACAUUGAUGAAUCAGAUGAUUUUCUUAACUUGAUUGUGUCAUUUGAUAUGACUACCAAUGAAUUCACAAUACUAGACCUACCUAAUAAUUUAGCAUACCGGUCUGAAUACUUGUCCAUGUCUAAGAUUAGGGAAUCUCUUGUGGUGCUUGAAUACAACUGGGAUACGUACAAAUCAGAUUGUGUUGUAUGGAUGAUGAUGGAGCAGGGUGUUAGAAAUUUGUUUACAAAGCUAUUCACGAUUAACGAAGAUGUUUGUUCGGUAGUGGGAUUUAUGAAAAAUGGAGAUCCUAUGAUAGUAACUGAAGACAAUUACGACCACAGCGAACCAACGGCAUUGAAAGUUUAUGAUCGUUGCUCACAACAUUUCAAACAACUUGGAAUUUAUGGAGAAGAGGAUUCAUUCUUCAUGGGCUCCUAUGUGGAAACGCUGCUUCUGCUUGAUCACCCAGAUUGUUUCAUAUAA